GGCAGGCCUCGCGCGACGCCUGCGCGCUCGGUGACCUUUCCUAUUUGGCUGCGGGGUCCGCUGGGGCCUGAGCCCUUGCUCCUGCAAAGAUGCUUCAAAGCAUUAUUAGAAGUGUCUGGAUCCCCAUGAAGCCCUACUAUACCCAGGUUUACCAAGAGAUCUGGGCAGGAAUGGGGUUGAUGAGUUUCAUCGUUUAUAAGAUCAGGAGCGCUGAUAAAAGAAGUAAAGCUUUAAAAGGUUCCAGUCCUGCACCUGCUCAUGGUCAUCAUUAACCAGCUCCCUUGAGUACACACGAGAUGAAACAUCAAUCUGUCUGUAAAUUUCAGCAAGCUUUGUUAGAUGGGAACACGGGACAUUGCUGUACACCAGUAGGAGUACCAUUUACUAUGUGGUAUGAAUAAACUCUGUCUGUGAGAUACA